UUCCAAAUGACAGCUCAACCUGGGCUACUCUGUGUGCCUGAGCCUCAGCACUGCAGACUGAUUCAACCCCGGGAAGCAGACUUUAAAUAAACAACUUGGCAUUUUAUUUGUGUCUAAUUUCAAAGUUUAAAUCCCCAACAUGGCCGCUCCUAAGAAGGGAGACUUGUCUUCAAACGAAAAGGAGUUGUUUGAGGUUAUUACCGAAGGAAAUGUUCAAGAGGCCUCUAGACUGCUGGGCUGUAAGGAUGUUCGAGUCAACUGCCUGGAUGAGUAUGGGAUGACUCCUCUCAUGCACGCUGCCUACAAAGGAAAAGCAGAAAUGUGCAGGUUGCUGCUGCAGCACGGAGCAGAUGUGAAUUGCAAUCAACAUGAGCAUGGAUACACAGCGCUGAUGUUUGCAGGCCUGUCAGGUAAGACUGAUAUCACGUGGAUGAUGUUGGACGCGGGGGCAGAAACAGACGUGGUCAACUCUGUCGGGAGGACCGCUGCACAGAUGGCCGCCUUUGUUGGGCAACACGACUGUGUCACGGUGAUCAACAACUUCUUCUCCCGAGCCAGACUGGAUUACUACACCAAGCCCCAGGGUCUGGAGAGGGAGCCCAAGCUGCCACACAAACUGGCCGGACCCCUCCACAAGGUCAUCAUGAGCACCAACCUGAACCCUGUGAAGAUGGUGAUGCUGGUGAAGGAGAACCCUCUGGUGGCAGAGGUGGAGGCUCUGGAGAAAUGCCGCCGUGUGAUGGAGCUCAUCUGUGAGAAGUGCAUCAAGCAGCAGGACAUGAACGAGGUGCUGGCCAUGAAGAUGCACUACAUCAGCUGCGUGCUGGGAAAGUGUGCGUCCUUCCUCAAGGACCGCGAGGACAAGCUGGACGGCCUCAUAAAGAGUCUGCUGAAGGGUCGGGACAGCGAUGGCUUCCCCGUGUACCAAGAGAAGUUUCUCCGAGAGUGUAUCCGCAAGUUCCCCUACUGUGACGCCACUCUGCUGCAGCAGCUGGUGAGGAGUAUCGCUCCCGUGGAGAUCGGUAACGACCCCACAGCUCUGUCAGUGCUGACUCAGGCCAUCACAGGUCAGGUCGGCUUCAUGGACGCAGAGUUUUGUACUUCCUGUGGAGAGAAGGGUGCCGAGAAGAGAUGCUCCGUCUGUAAAAUGGUGAUCUACUGUGACCAGGCCUGCCAAAAGAUGCACUGGUUCACCCACAAGAAAGUUUGCAAGAAGCUCCAAGAGCAGAGAGAGAAGCAGGAGGCAGAGUCAGCCAAACUGAGGAUGCAGCAGAGCAAAGAGGAGAGUGAAGCCGUGCAGCAGGCCACAGACUCCAUGCAGGAGCUCUCAGUGGAGACCAACAGUGAGGCCGCUCCCUCAGAAACCUCAAACGCCACUAACGUCCCAGCUGCUGACAACUGAGGGACACCUAACGGUCAGCCGCCAGAAUACAUCCACGCACCACAGACAAGCUGGCAGUGAGAUUGAACUCCAGAUGAGGAACUGGUCCAGCAGGAGAGAAGACCCCAUAUUUAUUACCGACCUGAGACUGUCACAACGGCGUGGAGACACUAACACGUACGAUGAAGCUUUGUGCCACAGCGGUCAUCUUUUUUUCUCAUUUUUAUAUGUUAAUUUUGCAGAUGAUACUGUCGUAUGUGAAUGUAAACAGUUGCGUAGGCCUUUGUGUUUGUGGUAGAGGUCAGUGGGGGGGGGACACGUGAAGAGCUAAUGGUUCACAUCACUGAUGGAACGUUAAUUCUGCCUUAAGAAACUGUAGCAACCUGUGUGGGGGAGGCGUGACUGUGUAGCCAAUCAGAGCUGUUGUUUGUUUGCAAUAUACUUGAUUUGUUAUUGGAGUGUGUGUUGUUGUUUUUUUUUGUACCAAUAACUUCAUGGCAGGUUGUGAGUGGACGGCACGGCUGCGCAAUGUUGACCAAAAAUGUAUAUUUUUAAAUAUAAACAACAUGAACAUGAAUUUAUUUUUAGUGUAUUGUGAGAGAUGACGUCGAUGCUCAGGGUGGUCCAGACGCUAACUAAAUGAAAGUUUUGUUUUACCCAAAAUGCAGGAAUUGUACACAGCACAAGAACACCAUGACCAGGACACUUUGCUCUGAGAAGUUUCAUUUGUAUGAUUUAUGAUAUUUGAUUUAUUGUGCACCCUGAAUGGACCAAGACGUUUGAGCUCAAUAAUGUGUCUAUCAAGGCUGUGUUCGUCCAGAGCUCUGAUAAUCUCCAAUGUGUCAAAUGACUUGAGCUUCAUCACAUGAAAUAAAGACCAAUGUCAUCAAACUGAA